AUGUGGCGUGUACGCAUAGUACUUAACGCUAAUUUAACAAAAAUCACGUCUCAAAUAAACUUAGGCAAACCUACAAGUGCUUUACGAUUGUUAAAUUCCGGAGCGUACUGCCGUUGUAUACUCUCUGUGGACGUUACUCGCAUAGCACCACGAUACAUGUCAAGUCAACCGAAGAGACUCUGCACUGAAAACAUGAGCAAAACGAUCGGAACUCACAACGGCACCUUUCACUGUGACGAAGUUCUCGCCUGUUUCUUCCUCCGUCAGCUACCUGAGUACAAGGAUGCCAAGAUCAUUCGGACCAGGGAUCCGGCACAGCUGGCAGAGUGUGACAUCGUUGUAGACGUGGGAGGAGAGUUUGACCCAAAGAAGCAUCGCUAUGACCACCAUCAGAGGACCUUUGCAGAGAGCUUCCACAGCCUUUGUCCAGAAAAGCCAUGGGUGACCAAACUCAGCUCAGCAGGCCUGGUCUACGUACACUUUGGUCAUCAGCUGCUGACUCAGCUGACGCAACUUAAGGAGGGCGACAGGGAGCUGGAGGUGCUCUAUGACAAGCUGUAUGAGAACUUUGUGGAGGAGGUGGAUGCUGUAGACAACGGCAUUUCACAAUGUGACGGGGAGGCCCGCUACUCCAUCUCCACCAUGCUGAGCGCACGUGUCGGCCACCUGAACCCACGCUGGAACAGCAAGAGUCAGGAUACUGAGGAGGGUUUCAGAAAGGCUCUGAAGAUGGUUGGGGAGGAGUUCCUGGAUCGUCUGGAGUACUACCAGUCCUCCUGGUUGCCGGCUCGUGCGGUGGUGGAGGAAGCCGUUAAGGGAAGGCAUCAGGUAGAUCCCAGUGGGGAGGUGGUGAUGUUCUCCCAGGGAGGGUGUCCCUGGAAGGAACAUCUGUUUGCCCUGGAGAAGGAGCUCAAGGUGGAGGCGCCCAUCAAGUUUGUCCUUUACCCCGACCAGAAUGGACAGUGGAGGGUCCAGUGUGUCCCCGCUGGGCUCAACACCUUCCAGAACAGGCUGUCCCUGCUAGAAGAGUGGCGUGGCGUUCGCGAUGAAGCACUGUCGGAGCUCAGCGGGAUUAAGGGCUGUAUCUUCGUCCACGCUGGAGGCUUUAUUGGCGGGAACAAGAACCAGGAAGGAGCCCUGGAGAUGGCCCGGAGGACCCUGCAGGCCGCUGCCCAGUCCCCUGCAAACGGAAGCAGCUGAAGGGUCAGCGAGGAUAGCCAACAGCACAUUUUGUCCUCGGGGACGGGGAUGGUAUGGAAAUGGCAGCCACAUUACCUUGGACCAGUUCCCUAAAUACCUAUAUUCCAACACAGGCCGACUCUGAAAUUAUCAUGUUUCAUUAUUAUUCUUCUCUCUGUUUGUAUACACGUGGAUCUGUUUUGUUGUUUAUUUGCAAUAAAAGACUAUUUGGAUUACA